AUGGGUGAAUCGCCGCCGCCGGCAUCGAAGAGGAUGCAACGCAUCGCUGCACAGCUCGGCAAACUGUCGCUAGAGCUCGUGGAGCCCAUCAUUUCCACUUUGCCACUUUACAAGGCAUUGGAUCUCAUGAUGGUUCCUCUAGGACCUGAUGCGGGCACAGGCCAUCUUUCAACCCAUGGCCAGCUGAGUCCUUUGGUUCAAGCCUUCAUUUUUAGCCCAGCCUGGAAGCACAUCUUUAGAAACACCGAAUUAGCAACACAGAUCUUGCUUGUCUGGGAAGGAUUGAACCGUAUUUUCAAGCUCUGCCACGGAAAUGGUUAUAGCAACAUAGUCAAACAGACCAACCCUGCCUUCUUCCCUUGGGCCAGGGUGCAAUCGACUUGGAGAAUCUUAGACCAGGGAGCAGAUCAGAUCUCCGACGGACACUGGCUUCUUACCAAACUAAAAGCCGCUCUGUGGUUGAUGGCAGUCCCUGGAAAACAAACCGCCAUAUUUUCCAACCUUCCUUCCAGCGCAGCAUUCAUGCUUUUGCCCCCAGAGUAUGGCGCCUUGCCUAACUCCCCCAUGAUCGAUGCGCAUCUUCCUGAAGGUAAAUUUUCAUUCGCUGGAAAUUCAGUUGUUCGCUCUCCACAGCGCUCACACCAAGUUUUUGCAGACCAAUCCAGCCUUCCGCCAGUCGAAUUGUCCAUAGCGACUUCACGCCCUCAUGAAUUUCAGACGACAGGAUGGGACCUAUCACAACUUCUCAAAUAUAUAGGCGACCUCGAAGAGGCUUGGAAAAAGCUUAAAACCAGAUGGGCUUUAGAGCUUCAGUCCCUUGAAGCUUUGUACAAGCGUUACCCGACCAUGCUGAAGGCGGCUCUAAGGCCUCAAGUGUCACAUAAUCCUAUGAACGAGGAUCAUAUCCCAAGAACGUUUCAACAAGCUAUUCGCAAGUUGGAGGGAUUAGGCCUCCAGGGGAACGGACAGUGGCGUUUCCUUUUCCAGUUUUCUCACCACUACCUAGUGCCCUACAAUUGGUGUCUGCGUCUUUUCAUGAUCGUGAUGGGUGAGAAGAGCCCCGAAAUUCCUCCCGAGUUUGCUCUGGACUUAGAACGAGCUCUCCAAGGCAUUUCACAUGUCCAAAAGUACGGAGGAGGUGACAAUCUAGAGUACCCGAGAGCCAGAUGCGCCCAGGACGAUGUGCGCCAUAUGGAAUUUGAGAUCCAUGUUAAUAGGACCACGCUUCUGCCAACCUCGCAAGCCGAGCUGCAGUGGCUAACCUCGUUCCUCACCGUUGUCAGGUGGAUGGAGAGCGAGUAUUCUGAUCUUGCCGAGGAACUACGCCGUCCCGUUGCUCAGAUCCGUCGUGUCGGAAAGGGAAAGGGUCAGAAAAGGUUCACGCUAGAGCCGUCAGAUUACAAGUAUCUGGCGGAGUCUUUACCAGCUCGAGAGGUCGCCGCGUAUUUGAAAAAGGAUGCAGAGCAAAGUAAUAGGCCCAUGACCACCAACCAGGCUCGCUAUCCGAGUUUGCUCGCCUUUUCUAUGCCUGAUUUUUCAACGCCGAAAGCCCAAGAAAUUGCAAAUCAUCUGACACCACAGGAAGAUAUGUCGAAAGAUAUUCAACAGAUUGUCUAUAACAGCACGAUAGAAAAGAUCAAGCGCCACUUCAGGAGACCACUCUCUCCGCCACCCAAGGAUAGCGAGCUUUUGGUGCAUGAAGUCCUCGAUAAGAACGAACAAUCCGUUGGAGCAUCAUCGGGAUCAACCGAAUGGGCUGAAGCAGUUGAGGCUUAUGCCGAUGCGGUGCAAAAGAAGCCUGCAUCUCCAUCUCAUCGCUGCUAUAUUUGUCGGCACACUGUGAUCCAUGAGCGAGAUCUGCAUCCGGUGUUUACCGCCAUGUGCAAACCCUGCGGUGAUUUCAACUCGGCGGGCUCUGCCAUGUCGUUGCCAGGAAAGCUCAACCUCAAGGGGAAAACCGCGUUUGUUACCGGAGGCAGAAUCAAUCUUGGAUUUCACACGGCGCUGAGACUGCUUCGAUGUGGUGCAAGAGUCAUAGUCUCCAGCCGAUAUCCACAAGACGCGUUUCUUCGAUACCGGGAUCAACCAGACUCUGCAGAAUGGCUAGAGGAUCGGCUCCGUAUUCUUGGAGCGGACUUUCGCACUGCUCAUGACGCUUUUGAGCUUGCGAAACUCGUGAAAGAUACUCUUUCAACAUGCGCAGUUACUUCGAGACACGCUACUCCUACCUUAGACAUCAUGAUCAAUAAUGCAGCCCAGACGCUGACGGAUGGCGACAAGAAGGAAGAAACAGCGGUUAGCAGGGAAAUCGAUCUCGCUGUUUCCCUGCCUCAGCAUCCUGCCUUGCCGGCUGUGGCAUCUUAUACUCCUCGCGUCGGGGGUGGUGCAUCCGCGACUAACUUCAUCGAAAAUCAGAGCAGAGGAAGUCUUCCAUCAACAAUCAUCUCUCCAUCAACCAUCCAACUUGCCCCUGAGAAAUCUUCCUGGGUCCAGGGCUUGACAGAGAUACCCUAUGCUGACGUCGUGACCGCCCAGGCCGUCAAUGCUUUUGUACCGCUGAUUCUUAUACGUGAGCUUCUACCACUCAUGUCCCGCCGUCAAGAUAGACAGCCAGGUCAAAUAAUCAAUGUGUCCUCUCGUGAGGGUAUAUUCGAAGACAAGCGGAAUCAUUCUGCUAAGCAAGGCAAGCAUGUCCACACCAAUAUGUCAAAGGCUGCACUGAACAUGAUUACUGAGACGGAGGCAUCAUCGUCAUGGAAGAACCACCAUGUUGCCAUGAAUACUGUGGACCCUGGUUAUAUGAGUGCUGCUCCAGAGAUGGAACACGUCUUUGGCGGUGUGAGACCUCUAGGCUGGGAAGAUGGUGCUGGGCGAGUAUUGUGGCCAGUCGCGAUGGCGUACGGCGAGGACAGGACCGCUAUAUGGGGUCGUUUUUUGAAGCACUAUGGAGCCGGGAGCGUGACUCCGGGCCUUGGUUAG